ACACACACACUCAGCAGCUCCGUUCCUCCGUUCGCGAGUAACCGAGCAGGAGGAGGCGAGCGCGAUCAGACCUCCAGGUGUGUGUAGAUGCGCGCGCGCGCAUGUGUGUGUAUGUGUGUGUGUGUUCCAGUCACACCUGGUUGCAUCAUGUGAUCAGAUACCUGGGCGUGGAGCGAGCGUUCAGUGUGUCAUUCGUUAACGGGAAUCCCGGAACCGCAGAUCUCUGUCUCUCCACGCGCGAGUGACAUGUGAACUUUCCGUGCACCGGGAAUCUAUUCCUCUCAGUCUGAAGGGAGUCCGUGGUCUGGACGCUGCAACUACUGCCAAGGUUUUCCCACUCAUCUUCUUCUGGGGCAGCAGACUGUAAGAUAUCUCGAGACCAAACCAGAGGACUGAAGACAACACAAGCUGGACCACGUCUCCACCUGAUCUCUGUUUUAAUGCACCAAGUUGCUUCAGCCCUUUAUAACACCACAAACAGCCUGCAGAGUCGUGGAGGUUGAACAGACAGACAUCUCACUCUUAUGUCAAGCAUCAAUUAAAGCAAUUUUCGCCUUGGAACAAUGGCCACGUGGUUACAAGCUGUCCUACUGGUGCUACAAGUAACCACUGCAUCUUCUGAAGAGCCCAUACUGGAGUUUUCCACCGAUACACCCAUCAAUAAUGUGGCGCAGGACCCGCAGACUGGCCGUAUUUACCUGGGUGCUGUCAAUGCCAUUUAUCAGUUGAACUCUUCAUUGUAUCUUGAGGCCAGAGCUGAAACGGGGCCCAAGAAAGAUGCGAGGGGUUGCACCCCUCCUGUGUCUACUUGUCAGGACCUGAAAGACACCAACAACACCAAUAAACUCUUGCUGGUUCAUUCGGAUAACGGGUCGCUGAUAGUCUGUGGGAGCUUAUACAGAGGAAUCUGCUCUCUGCUCAACCUCACUAACGUCAAAGAGCAGAUAUACUACAGCGACAGCAAAGGGGAGCGGACCUAUGCCGCCAGCACAGAAGAGCACGUUUCCGUGGUAGGAGUCAUGGCCGUGCUUGAAAUUGACAAUAAACCAUUCAGCGUCUUUUUAGUCGGGAAGGGCUACGGAAGCAUGGAUAGCUCCAAACUCAUCAGCACCAGAAUCGUGCAGAACUACCGUGAAUGGGUGGUGUUUGAGAGCAUCAUCGAGGCGUCUACGGUCCAGGCGGUUCCCUUCGUGCCCAAGUAUCUUCACGACUUCCGCUUCGCCUUCAAAAAUGACAACUUUGUCUACUUUCUCUUUUCACGCACUCUCGGCAGAACAGACAACAAGAACUUUACUUUCGUUUCGCGCCUCUGCGAGAACGACAAUCACUAUUAUUCGUACACGGAGCUUCAGCUUAGUUGUGGUGUGAAGAAUCGUUACAAUAAAGUCCUGGCCGCAUAUUUGACAGACCCCGGGAAAGAGCUGGCCCAGGCCAUGUCUGAUUCCGGAGAUUACGGGAAUGUCCGGGAAUGGGAUAAAGUCUUGUUUGUGGUGGCUAGCUCGGAGGAAGGGGCCACCGAAUCAGCUCUGUGUAUGUAUCCCCUUAAAAACAUCAACCAAAAACUCUUGGCCAUCGUUACCGCAUGCUACACGAACAAUGGCAAGAUUGACGACAGAUUAGUUGUGGAGAGUCCCUAUACGUCGAGUAAAGAUGAGCCAUGUGUCAAACAUGAUAAAGAUAUAUUGAACCAGAACAAGUGCGGAGCAGAUUUUCUCCCAUCUCCAUUGGCCAGUCGACAGGAGUUUGCCUUGAAGGCCAAUCCGGUCUUCAUCAGGCAGAACCUGCUGACCGCAGUGGCUGUGGCUGUCGAGAAUGAUCAUACCAUUGCUUUUCUGGGACACAAUGCCGGAGAGGUGAUCAAGGUACAUUUGUCAAGCCAACCAGAGGCGUACAACCCCGGUCCAGGCUACAAAACCAGCGGAUACAUAAAUAAGAACCUUUUCUUUGACAAAGCCCAGGCACACUUGUACAUCACCACUGAGAAAAAGAUCACAAAGGUGCCCGUACAGGCCUGCCAUCUGAAGUCAGACUGCCAGUCGUGUGUCGCUCAGAGAGAUCCGUACUGUGGCUGGUGUGUCCUGGAGGGAAGAUGCACCAGGAGAUCGGAGUGCAGUCGCGCGGAGGAGAAGAACGGUUGGCUGUGGAGUCCGAUCCAACAGUGUGUGAAAAUCGUCUCUUUCCACCCGCCAAAUCUCAGCUGCUUGAAGUCCCAGCAGGUUGAGAUAAACGUCCGAGCGCUGCCGGUCCUCAGAGAUUCAGACCGUAUCCACUGCACCUUUGGCUCUUAUCAGAGCGUCGCCAGGAUGGUGGACGGCAGAAUCAGUUGCCGCUUGCCUGAACAGCAUCUUAUACCAGCGACACCUGCGCACCAGGAUUUCGUGGCGGUUCCGGUCCACAUCUUUGUGAACGGUAGCGUGGAGGUGGCGUCCAGCGAGUACAAGUUCUACAACUGUGCAGCGACAGUCCGGAAAGCAGAAAAUACGCCAUGCACUUCCUGUGUAAGCAGCGCUUGGGGAUGCCAGUGGAACAUUGUGGCUCAUACCUGCACGGAUCUGAGCGAUGCAGAAACCGGCGCCAAUAUAAUCAAACACAGACAGAACAAGAGCUGUCCACGGUUCGAGAAUCCAGAUCCCGUCCUUAUCCCGGUCGGAUACAAAACCCGCAUCAGUUUUGAGGGAAUCAAUCUGGACCCGUACAAGGGCCGUGAUUUCACCAUCGGAACAGAGCUGAUGAAGUUUGAGGAAGAUGUCAAGACAGAGCCGGUUCCCUUCUACUCUUUCAGCGGUUAUGUGUUUUCCUUUGACAAAGCUCACGAGACCAGCGUGCUGUUCCACGUAAGAGACAAAAAGACGGGAAAGAAGAUCGACAGCAGUCUUAACGUCACUCUGUACAACUGCUCUCUGGGACGUGAAGACUGCAGCCUGUGUAAGAGCGCCGACCCUAAAUACCAGUGUGUGUGGUGCACGCAGACCAGCUCGUGUGUGUAUGAGCUGCUCUGUGCCUCGAGAGAGCCGGACGAGUGUCCCGACCCCCAGAUCACUGACAUCACGCCGAGAUACGGGCCGCUGAGAGGAGGAAUAGCUGUCACUAUUAAGGGCUCGAACCUGGGCAUCCAGAAGGAUGACAUUAAGAACAUCACAGUGGCUGGAGUGCCGUGCAAACACCUGCAGGAACAAUACUCGGUCUCCACCAGUGUGGUGUGUGAAAUCGGCCCGGCCAAAAUCGACAAAGCCGGAGAGGUGGAAAUCAUUGUGGGCAGAGGAAAGAAAGGCAUAUCCACACAUCUGGUCCGCUUCACCUACAGGGACCCUGUAGCACAGAGCGUGUCUCCUGAACGCGGUCCUAAAGCAGGAGGAACCAUCCUCACUAUCGCUGGGGUGGACCUGGACACCGCUUCAAAACAAGACCUUCAAGUCAUGGUGGGCGAUGUGCCCUGCCGAGUUGAGAGCUUUGGAAAGCGGAUCACCUGUAAACUGUCGGAGUAUCUGGGCGAUACGGUUCCGUCGCCUCACCUCACCGUCAGAGUCCAAUACGGCAAACACACCACAACCAGCAUCAGCACGGCCUUUCAGUUCUCCAGCAACCCCUCUGUGUCCGACCAUCAGCCCAGGAGCAGCUUCAUCUGUGGUGGCCGAGCAAUCCUGGUGCUGGGUUCUGGGUUUGACCUGGUCCAGAAGGCUUCUAUCAGGGUGGUGGCGUCGGCUGGAGAAUGGUCCACACAGACCGUCCCAGAAGAGUUUGUAGAGAAUUGCACAUUCAAAAACGACACCUUGAUCACGUUUGUGUCACCUGCGGUCAACGAGUCUCAGUUCUAUAGGACGUACGUGCAGCUGGAUAACCUCCAGACCGAGCUGACACCGUUUGAGUAUCACCCCAACCCCACGUUUGAUCCCCUCAGCAAGACCCUAAUCACUGAGAACAGCAUGAUCAUUGUGAAUGGUCGUGGUUUUUCUAAAGCGAUGACGGCGAAUGAAGCGCAGGCGUUUGUGGGAGACAUAGAGUGUAACGUAAACACGUUACAGGAUGAAAAAUUAUUCCUGGACCCGCCGUCGAAAGUCCCCAGUGCUCGAUCCAAGAGACAGAGGAGAGACACCGGCUCUGACCCGCUGGACCUGGUGAUUAAGUUUGGGAAGGGCGAGUGGUUGGUCGGCUCAGUCCGGUACGAGAGGAAGUACAGUCUCCCGCUGCCCAUCAUCAUCCCGGCGGUGCUCGUUCCCAUGCUGCUGAUCAUCGUCAUCUCCGUCCUCUGCUACAGGAGGAAGAGCCAGCAGGCCGAGCGCGAGUACGAGAAAGUGAAGCAUCAGCUGGAGAAUCUGGAGGAGAGUGUUCGUGACCGCUGCAAAAAAGAGUUCACAGAUCUGAUGAUUGAAAUGGAGGACCACGGCAAUGACAUCAGCGAGGGCCGCAUCCCCUUCCUGGACUACAAGACCUACACCGACCGCGUCUUCUUCCUGCCCUCGAAGGACGGUGCCAACGACGUCAUGAUCACCGGCAAACUGGAUAUCCCAGAAUCCCGCAGGGCUACGGUCACCCAGGCGCUGAACCAGUUCUCCAACCUCCUCAACAGCAAAACUUUCCUCAUCAAUUUUAUCAGGACGCUGGAGGGCCGUCCGGAUUUUAACGCCAGGGCCAAAGUGUAUUUUGCGUCUCUGCUGACCGUGGCGCUUCACGGGAAACUGGAGUAUUACACAGACAUCAUGAGGACACUUCUGCUGGGGCUCAUGGAGGACUACGUUCACAGCAAGAACCCUAAACUGCUGCUCCGCAGGUCUGAAACGGUGGUGGAAAGGAUGCUGAGUAACUGGAUGUCCAUCUGUCUCUAUCAGUACCUGAAGGACAGCGCUGGAGAGCCGCUCUACAAACUCUUCAGGGCCAUCAAGCACCAGAUUGAGAAGGGGCCUGUGGACGCACAGGUCAAGAAAGCCAAAUACACGCUGAACGACACCGGCCUUCUGGGAGAUGACGUGGAGUACGUUGUGCUGACGCUGCAGGUGCUGGUUCAGGGCGAGGGGCCGGACAUCACCCCCGUGAAGGUGCUGAACUGUGACACCAUCUCUCAGGUGAAGGAGAAGAUCAUCGAGCAGGUCUACAAAAACCUGCCGUACUCUCAGAGACCCAAAGUAGACAGCGUCACCCUCGAAUGGCGUCCCGGCUCCACGGGACAGAUCCUGUCAGAUCUAGACGUGUCGUCACAGAAGGAGGGCAGGUGGAGGCGCAUCAAUACGUUGGCCCAUUAUAACGUACGUGAUAAUGCAACGGUGGUCCUCUCCAGAGUUCAGCACACACAUCAGUCCUACGAGCAAAAUCACGAUAACCAUGAAGAGAGAAACGCCCUGCUGGACGAUGAUAAAGUGUUUCACCUGGUGCGACCGGCCGAUGAGCUGGACGAGAUGAAGUCUAAGAGAGGCAGCAUAAAGGACAAAUCCAUGACCAAAGCCAUCACUGAGAUCUAUCUGACCCGACUGCUUUCCGUCAAGGGAACGCUGCAGCAGUUCGUGGAUGAUUUCUUUCGCAGUGUGCUCUGUUCUGGCACCACCGUCCCGCCGGCAGUCAAAUACUUUUUCGACUUCCUGGAUGAGCAAGCCCUCAGACACGAGAACGUAGACGAGGAAACCAUACACAUCUGGAAGACCAACAGUUUGCCAUUACGUUUCUGGGUGAACAUACUGAAGAACCCUCACUUCAUUUUUGACGUGCACGUGAGCGAGGUCGUGGACGCCUCUCUGUCCGUCAUCGCUCAGACCUUCAUGGACGCCUGCACAAAAACAGAGCACAAACUCAGUCGUGAUUCUCCCAGCAACAAAUUACUGUAUGCAAAGGAGAUCUCCACCUACAAAAGGAUGGUAGACGAGUACUAUAAAGGAAUCCGGCAGAUGGUGUCAGUCAGUGACCAGGAAAUGAACACACAUCUGGCUGAAGUGUCAAGGGCACACACAGAUAAACUGAACACACAAGUGGCUCUUCAUCAGCUCUACCGGUACGCCAGCAAAUACUACGAUGGGAUCAUCAUGUCUCUGGAUGAAGAUCCUGCUGCCCAGAGUAAACAGUUAACACUGAGACUGCAGCAGAUCGCCGCAGCGCUGGAGAACAAAGUGACCGACCUCUAACCCUGUCAGAGAGAACGAUGAGCCAAUGCUCUGUCUGUAUUUAGCUCAUCACUAUAAUCAGAUGUUCAAUUUCUUCCUGUGUAGAGACAAAGGUUUUAAGAAUCGUAUUCUAUAUUUUUUUUAAUGUGCGGUCUUUAUUCAGAAAGCUUUAUAAGAGGAAAAUAACUUUUUAAAUAGACGGCCUUGUGUCAGUUGUUUUUAAAGCUUCUGUUUGUGUGUGUGCGAUUGUGUGUAUGUGUGUGUAAAAGGAUGCCUAUAUUUUGACCAAAAGGGAGCUGCCCAUGUCCCUGCAGUGUGUGUGAGCAGGGGGUGUGCCUACGGUGAGGUCACAUCUGCUCUCGUCCAAUCAAAAGCAACUGAAGGUGACGGCAGGAAACAGCAUACUAGCCUACUACCAAUACUGUUUCUGCAGUAUCUACUGUAUGUGUAGGGUGUGCAAAUGUUCUUUAUCUGUAACAUUUGCCAAAACAUACAGUCAGAUUUACCGCUGUUAUUCGGUGGGUUUUCAUUGACACAUCCAUGCUGAAAUUUAGCAAAUGAGACCACACCUUAAAAUAAGAGUACACUGCACUAGGUACUAUAUCCCACAAUGCAAUGCACUCAUCUUGGCCUUUGAGUUCUAGCGUGAUAUAAUAUCAUCUAUCAUUAUUAACAGCUCCUUUUAAACUCAUUAUUUGAGUAAAAAUUGCGACAUUUCUACACAAAAUAGUGUACGUUAUUCCAAACGUAUCAAAUGGCCUUCCAUUUCAUAACCACCUGUUUCAGUUCAACCUUAUGGACUCACUAAUAGAUCCACAGAAAAUCAAAACAGGCAAUAAUAAAGAAAAAAUAAGUUUGUCAUGAGGCAUUUCUUUUUUUUAGCGCAUGAUGAGUACCUGUGAAAAGUCUUCUUUUUUUUUUUUUCAGAAAAUCGUUUUAUUUUAAAAGCUUCGCUACUGACUGAAUUUAUUAAGGAAAGCACAAAUUGAUGAUGUACAGGACAGAUUUUUGCCCGUUCCUGAUAGAAAUGUGUUUCUAUCUGAGACCGGCUCAGUGCUAGAUUGUAAAUGCUCUGCUUGCGUAGACUGUGUUUCUGGCAUAAGAUGGUUGAGCAAAGCUGAGAGGAUUGACUGAAAACUUCUCGUCUGACUCUUUGCAGCUCUGUUGGAAAGGUUUUAGAUGUGCGAUCUGGAUCGUUAAUGGCUUUAUUUUGGCAGGGAGGAUAAUGACACAUUAAUUUGUUUGUUAUUCCCCACUAAACAAGAUGGUACUAUAGCACUCAGCCAAAAUUCUGCUCCUAGAGACGCUUUUAUCUUUGGACAAAACCUUUUUUACAGCUAUGUGACAUUUGCAAUUGAUUGAGUGUCUUAAAGACGUCAAAAAAAAAAGGAUUGGAGCUUUUUGUUUUGAUACUGGCUGAAAAAAAAAAUCUAAUUGCUACUGCUAAUCGGAGCAGGUUUGUAUAAUUUAGAGGAAAGGGACAGUCUCAUUCUAGAGAACAUUGUGGACUGUAGGACAUUUCAUGCGUAUGCACUACCGUUCUCAAGUUUGAGGUUGCUGAGGCUUACCAAAACUCCAUAAAAAACUGAAAUAUUUAUUCCAAUUUAAAAUAAUGGUUUUCUGUUUGAAUAUAUUUUCAAAUGUAAUUUAUUCCUGUGAUGCAAAGCUGAAUUUUCAGCAUCAUUCCUUCAGUCUUACGAGUCACAUGAUCCUUGAGAAAUCAUUCUAAUACGAUGAUUUGGUGCUCAAGAAACAUUUCUUAAUAUUACCAAUGUUCAAAACAGCUGUGCUGCUUCAUAUUUUUGUGGAAAAUGUGAUACUUUUUUGAUGAAUUUUAAGCUUACAACAACAUUUCAUUGAAACAUUAUAUUUUGUAAUAUUAAAAGUGUCUUUACUAUCAAGUUUGAUCAAGUCAAUGCAUCCUUGCUGAAUAAAAGUAUUAAUUUCCUUUUUUUUAUUUUAUUUUUUUUAUUAGCGUACUUGAACUUUUGAACGGUAGUGCAUAUGUUUACACCAAGCAAUAAGGUACUAGAAUAUCAAGGCUAAAAGGUUUUGUUAGGAGUUACAAUGUUCAACUGUCCUACAUACAGUAAAAAUAUUUUUUAAUCAACCUCUUGCCAGAAAAUAUAGUCCCUGACAUAUAGUUUUUUCAGCAUUGUAAGAGUACUUUAGCAUACAGUCGUUAGCCUCCAAGCUAACAGACAUGAAAUAAAGACCACAAAACUCCCAAUUGUAUUUUCACAGGGUGUUUAAACAGGUUUUCUGUGAAUGUGAAUGCCCACUGAAUUCAAGUUUUUAGCAGUUCGGGGAGUUUAACGGCCUUCUCUAAGGAAGUGGCCUGAUCUCGCUGGCCUGAUCUGAGAACAGCGGUAUCAUGAUAGCAGAUGGCCUGCGAUGUCAGACGCUGAGAGUUGGGCAGAGCUGCUUGGCGUGAAGCGCUUGGCACGGGCCGGCCUUCCCUCUCUCUUCACGUCUGCUUUAAUACAACCACCGGGAGCUGCGUUUGAUCGUAACUGCAUGAUUCUGACUCUUUGCUUUCGAAUUGCCAGUUACUCUUUGUUUUUAACCGGAUAGUUCACUUACAAAAGAUAAGUGUAAUCAUCAUUUACUCACCCUCAUGUUGUUCCAAAUAUCAAAAGAAUAUGGCUAGGAUGAAAAUAUUGAUUCAAAAACUUUUUUUAUUUAAAUGAGAAUCUUCUUAAAUGCCAGGAAUCGAUCUUGACGCUUGAACACAACUUCACUUAAAAUUAUUUGAUUAUUUGUAGCGCGCCUCCAAUCUAAUAAAUCGCAAUAAGCAUGUUAUUUUUUAUAUGAAAUAGGUCUUAGCUUUCAAAUUCUCAAUAUUUUAUCGCAAAAUCGAAUAAAUAGAUCACUGUAGCACCUCAAAACUCGGAGCGGAAAGCAAAUCUUCUUCCACUUUACAAAAAAUUUGGAUGAAAUGAACAUGAACGAACAUAAGAACGUAUGUUGAAAGAUACUUUUUAUUUCAGGAAAGCCAUUCAAUGUCUUUAAACUCAACAGUUAGGAAGAAAAAAUAACUCCAAGUGGAACAUUUUGUUAAUUAUACAAGCUAUAUUACAUAUUUAUUAUAUUUUUAUUUCACCUGUACCUCAUUAUUUAAAAAUACGUUAAAGCUUUUAUUAUGGCCACCAUUUAGACCUUAAUGUUUAAAAAAUGUAACAAGCAUAAUAAUGUAAUAACCAAAUUUUUGACCUUAAAACUGUUUUAACCUUUAAUAUUAUAGUGACAAACCAACUGACUGGUUUCCCUACAGCAUUAGUAGAAAUUUUAUUAAUCAAAUUCAAACCUAGAUCAGAACUGAACUGAAGUUAAAGAAUCAAAUUGAAUUGUGAAAUGUAUUUAUCUCUUUUUUUCUAAAGAAUCAUAAAAAGACAAAAACGACAUAAAAACAAUUUUAAAAAAAACUUCUCCUUUUAUGUUCCGCCAGAAAAACAAAGCAUAUUACAGAUUUGGAACGACUUGACAGUGAGUAAAUAAUUUUAAUUUUUAGGAUGAACUCUCUGUUUAAAGCACAAGCACAGAUGCAAGUCUUCGUAGUUGAGUGUAAUACGCUUCUUUUGACGCCUUUCUGUAGCCAAAACGUGCCUUAAAAAGUGUUUAAUGUGAUGGUAUGGUGUUGAAGACGUCAGGGUGGGUGGGGUUUCGGUAGUCGUGGGGCGUGUAGAGGUCAGAGGUCGUGGCGUAUGUGAAGUGUGGUGUUAGACAUCAGUAAGUGCAGUAUUCAGAGGUGUGCUGUAGCCAGAAUAUGCCAAUAUAUUUGAACAUGCUGUAUGUAUAGAGCAAAAGCGCCGUUUUUAAUAUCUUUUGGGUGUUUGUGGUGAGUGUGUGCUUUUUAGGAGUUUUACUGCAUUGGGAAAAAUGCUCGAGCUGAAUAAAUGUGUGGAGGAGAAUGUCAAAACGUUCCCUCCGGACAGCUGCCAUUACAUUUUGGUCUUUAUGCAAAACUAAUUAUUGAUUAGCACAAAUGUUUUUAUUAUUGUACCGAUCCGAAAUUGUGUUUCAAUGGUGUGUAUGAACAAACAAUCUGUACACAACCUUUUCUUACUGCUGUGCAGUUAAUAUUUUAUGUCCUAAAGAAAAUAUAUGCCUUUGUAUUAAAAUACAAUUCUGUCUACACUGUUCACCUGUGCAUUAUGCUCUGAGAAAGCUUGUUUGUUGUUGUUGUCAACAUCUUUUUUUUUCCCUUUCCCUUUGUGAAUGUGCCGCGAGCAAAGUGUUGUGGGAUUGCGGAGGACUACGAGUGCUCCUCGUCGACUCUCAGAGGACUGAUUUCUUAUGUGUGACCAUCUGAUCCUUAUAUGAAUAAAUAUACACCUCCAUUUCU